GCGAGAGUAGCACGCGAGAGCACAGCUACAAUGUGUGCGGGACUUCCAAAGAGCACGGACGGGUUUGUCGGGUCGUCACUGUGCUGCGUGUGAUAUGGAGCCCCACUGAAGUGUGUCGCGCAGGGUGGGGUAGGUGUGUGAGGACCUCGUUACUUUUUUUCGCUAUCCCAAUUUUCGCGUGCAGGGUGAAGAUUAAAGUUCGCACAAAAGGUCGUGACGAAUGUGAGGAAGAAUUGGGUAGAUAGCUGGUCACACCGUCAGGAACUGCCGAGCCAACCAUGGGUGACAAUCUGCUGAACGAAGCUGAGAGCUUCGAGAUGCUGAAGGCGCUGUACGACUUUACGGCCGUGUACCCGAAGACGAUCAGCUUCGACGAGGGCGAGUACUUUAUCCUGCACCAGACGAGUGCCCGCCAGCGGAACUGGUGGCAGGUGGUCAGCAUGAAGGGCAACAUCGGCUUCGUGCCGUCGAAUUAUGUCAUGAAGCUCAAGGUCGAUCCAAACUUCCUCAACGGGUUCCUCGAGUCGAGCAUCGAGUCGCUGCGAAUGUCAACGGACAAGGAGAUCAACGGCAUCAUCAAUCGCGAGGAGCUCAUCGAUCGACUGGUCGAGAAACAGCGGAAAAUCGAGAAGAUGCUGAAGUUCGAGAGUUCCGACAGUGAUUCAGAACCGGUACCGGUGAAAAUGGGCAACGGAAGUGUGAAGCAUCUGGAGGAUUACCCUUGCAACAACUGCACAGAGCCCGUGUCUAGUCACAGCAGUGGGAGUGAACCUCCCCGAUCACCAGUUGCGGUAAAGCACGAGAAGCUAACCAAAAAGUCACAGUCUAGUCCAGCGGUAGGAGUGGCCAACAGUGUUCCACAGUUUGUUCAGGAAAGCCCCAGCAUGAGCGUCCUCUCGUCCAAGCUGAACCAGGACGAACCGCUGACGCCAACCGCGCAAGAAAACAGCGUCGUGUCGGAAGUGUCCGAAACGGAAACGACCAACACGGCCACCACAACGACGACAACCACGACGAGUGACGAAAUCACGGCCAUCUCACGGGGAGACGAAGAGAUCGCCAAGACCGAACCAACGGCAGAACCGGAAGCACAAACCGAUCACGAGAUGGAGGCGGAAAUCACCAACAACGACGACAUGACCGCCAGCGAAAACGAACCGCAACCAAAGGAAUCAUCCGCUAAAGAACCUACCAGCGAUCCGGACACGAUCGCCGAGAGUCACAACCUGAACGACGUUCCGCUGUCGAAAAUCGAACCCCAAGACGUGUAUCAGGUGGUGGACGCGAUCCGCACCAACACCAGCCUCAGCCAUGAAAUGGCUUGCGUUGCACUGCGCGUCGUACUCAGCGAGCUGGAACCGCUGCUUCCCACGAUCGUCAAGCACCUGGAACCGAUAGCCGUGCACCUUACCGCCCCACUCGACGUUCCGGACGCCUUACUAGCUCAAACGCAUGACGCCCAGCGGCUGCGCGUCAUCUUCAACGGUCUGUCCGAGUGUAAAAACGACUCGGAACAGCGCACCUGGAUGCUGCACGAAGACGAAGCCGACAUCAGCCGGUACCUCAGCGAACUGAUCAGCAUCCUCACCCACGCCGACCCCAAAAUCUGCCGCAACGAAAUGGCCGUCGACCACUACCAAAGCGUCAUCAACCUGGUCCUGUACUACCAGAUGGAAACGCGCUGGUCCAUCCGGAAACUGCUACUCGAGGCGUUCAAAGCCAUGUGCCACCUGGACUACACCACCGUUGACAUCCUGCUCGGCUCCGUACUCCCGCUGGAAAUCGUCCAGGACAUGAUCUCCAACGCGCGCAACGUCGAAAAGCUGCAAGAACUCGCCAACAUGCUCAUCAUCGUGUUCUCCAUCGGCAGACGAAUGCCCAUCAACCAGCAAGAGCACCUCCGCUCGGACUUUAUCAUCUUCCUGCUGAACAUCAUCGAGACGCCGCCGGACACGGACGUGCACGGCGUGCUACCGGACACCAUGAUCAACCUGAUCCUGUCCUUCAACCUGCAGUUUGACAACUUUACCGAGAACGUCGUGCUGGAAGCGAUGGAGCAGAUCAAGACGGCGAAAACUUUUACGGAGAAGAUUCUGGUGCUGAUCAACCGGGAAGAGGAUCCAGUACACACCUUGAAGCACACUCCAGCGCACAUAAAUCCGGUUCUGAAGAUGCUAGUCGAUCUGUUUUCGCGCCCGGAAACCGCUUCCAUUUUCUACUCCAACGACCAGAGCGUCCUCAUUGACAUCCUGGUGCGCCAACUGUCGGACCUUUCCGCAGGAGAACCGAUCCGCAAGUGGUACCUGGAGCUGUGCCGCAAGAUUGUGCGCAACACCAGCUACGCGGACCACCAGCACCGUAAGCAGGACCUGAUGAAGAUCUUCACCCGGAUCUUCUGCGAAGAGACCGAGUGCAGCGCCGGCGAUCAGCAGAUUGUGCGGGAGAUCGCCAACGAGUUUCCGCAGAUCUUCAAGGCGUGAAGCACUGCCAACAGCAGUCGCAAACGAGCAAUACCGCAACAACCAGCCGUUCUGUUUCUUUCAGAUGCCAUUUCAGUUUCCGUCGUCAGAAUGCAACUGUUCUGCUGAUCAAACCAAAAAGACCCACGCAUUUACCAGGCUUUUCCCAACGCUCCGCUGUCGUGUAACGGCAAAACGUCAAAAUGGCGUUACACAGCGUUAUGGCGCUUGAGCCCCACAUGACACCUCUCUUCAAUGUUGUUAUAGAUAUUCAGAAAUAGAACAAAAACAGUACGCAAUUCAGUCCAGUUUUAUCAAAUUAUAACUCGCAUUCGCUUACACAGCAAGUGGAAGGCAGCAGCAUUUUUUAUCAACUAGAACAAUAGACUAUUUUGAUAAAGAAAGAAAGAAAAACAGUUGUAAUACAGGUUUUAACAUUUGAGCAACACUUCGACAUAACCUUAUACGCAAUAGAUAGCAGAACACGUACAAAUAGAAAGUAAUACACGCGCCUCCUUUUUUCGCCGAAAGGAUAACUAAUUGUCACAACUUUCAAGCAAUCUUCCUCCACACAAGCAAGCAAGUAUACGCCACAGCACUGCGUCGCAAGCGAAAACAAUUCUGGACUUCGGAAAACCUAACCUCCACGAACGAACCUACGAAAAUACGGAUUGGAUUAGAAAUUGUGGUUAAAAGUUUCAAUUACAUGCAUUUGUUAGUUUCUGCAAUUGGACUUCCGAAACGGAGCUUAUAAAUCUGAAAAUUAAAUGAUAUUUUUUCUAAAAUAAAAUUGUUCAUACUUCAACUUGGUCUGUUAACAAAGCCAAAUCAUAGUUUAUAAACUUCGUUUGCUUUACGAACAAAAACAUACAAAGAAAGAAAAGAUAUUAAAUAUUUUUACUCCUACUGUAGUCAUGUUGAAUAUGUACCUAAGUCAGAAAGAAUAAUCAAAAUGGAGAAAAAACAAAUCCUAAGCAAAAAAAAAUGAGUCGUAUGUGUUUGAUUGUUGAUAUUAGUGAUACCAAUACUUUAAUAAAAAAUAAAAACCAAAAAAUAAAACUGUGAAUCGAAAGGAAAAAUCUCCUCAAUAUUUCCUUGAAAUGCCAAAAUACAUUUAAUAAAACAAAAACGAAACAAAUAUCCAUUUAAACGUGUCUGAACUUUGUAACUUUCAAUUAUAACGUUAUGAACCUAGAAAACCGCAAACAAAACCAACACUAAUAAAUUACUUAGGUUAAAAGAAGCAAAUCAUUUUAUACCCUAUUGGCAUUGUGAGCGAAAAAAAAGCAGAUUUUGAAACCAAGUUUAAACUCGUGAGUAAUAAAUUUAAAGUGCAGAGCAAGGUUUUAUGUAAUAAUAGUGAAACUUUAACAGUUGAGAGCAAAUAUUUAAAAACAGAAGAAGACAAAUAGACAGCUAUAAUUAUAUUUUGGUAGGUUACAAACGCAUUCAAAGUUUAUAACGAAGAAAACGGCCAUUAAGGCUAGCAAAAAACAAAGUGAAAGCAAAAAUUAACGGAACAAUGACUAUAGAAAUUUGAACAAUGAUUGGAAAGCUUGGCUAGAAAUUUAAAAAAAAAAACGACUAAAAAGUCAACAGAACAGCAAAACAAGAAAUGGAGAGAAAAAACACAGUUUCACACAUGUUACACUAUUGGUAAGCAAAACUUAAGAUAUUUGGAAAAAGUCAGUAAGACGAGUUGCGAAAUAAAUAUGGUAAUCUUAAA